AUGCUCAACAUUAGUGCCGUUCUUUCAGGGGACGAGGACGAGCUGCUGAACGGCAUCUGGAUCAGCUUGCUGAGCGUCGAGGCUUUGAUGGUGAUCGGCGUUGCCCUGCGCAGUCUUUUUGGGGUUAUUGCUCCACGGUUGAAACAGCGAACGAGAUAG